CUCUAUCUUGGAUCAUGUCAAUCAUGUCCAUCGCGAUCGAGUUUUCUUUCGAACACCUCUGAAUGCUCUCGAAUAUGGUGUCUUUGCUUUUUGUUCCGUCUUUUCUGUAGUGGUUCUAAUUUUCAAGAAAAAUUUGUAGUUCGGACUCGUUUAUAUUUAUUGAGUGCAUACGAGAUAUUUUUCGAAGGCGUUUGUUAAAAUGGCCGACUUCAUUCACUCAGAAGCAGAGGAAAGUGAAGAUGAAGAGGAAUUGGACCACCAAGACCGGAAGAAGCUUAAGAAACUCAAGGCAAUGGAAGAGAGUGAGGAAGAAGAAGAAGAUGACGAGGAGCGCAUGCGGGAGGAAUUGAAGGACUUAAUUGACGACGGUCCGAUAGAAGAGGAUGGCGACGAUAGCGAUGCUUCUGGUAGAUCAAAUAAACGUAAAAGAAGUGAUGACGAGUUCGAUGAUCGUCUCGAGGAUGAUGACUAUGAUUUAAUUGAGGAAAAUCUAGGAGUAAAAGUGGAAAGGAAACGUUUCAAAAGGGUGCAGAAAAUGGUAGAUGAAGAAUCGGAAGAAGAGGCAGAGCAAGGAGAAGAGCGUGAUGCAAUCGCUAAUGAGUUAUUCGAAGGAUCAGGGGACGAGGACGAUAGGCGGUCUGAGCGAAGUCAUCGUUUAACAGAACCUGGAAUUGUCGAUGAAGAAGGGAGUGAAGGAGAGUCUUCUGAUGCCGAUGAUUUUAUAGUGGACGACGAGGGUCGACCAAUAAGAGAAAAGAGGAAAAAGAAACAUAUUUUCGCUGACUCAGCUCUGCAAGAGGCCCAAGAUAUUUUUGGAGUGGACUUUGAUUACGACGAAUUUGAAAGAUAUGGAGAUGAUCAGGAAGAAGAAGAUGAGGAGGAAGAAGACGAGUAUGAGGAAGAUGGAGAUGUCGAAAGACCGACGAAAUCGAAAAAAAAAACUAGCAAGAAUGCCGGUAGAAAGAGUAUUUUCGAAAUCUACGAACCUAGUGAGCUCCGCCGUGGACACUUUACAGACCAAGACAACGAGAUUCGAAUAACAGAUAUACCAGAACGAAUGCAAAUUCGUUCGGUACCUGUUACUACAGUCCCUGAAGGUUCAGACGAAUUAGAUCUUGAGUCUAAGUGGAUAUACGAGCAAGCGUUUUGCAAACAUACAAUCUCAGUUCAAGACGCACAUUUAAAUGAGGGGGCUAAGGAGCGAGCCAGGGAGAGAGCUAGUAAUGGUCCACAGACUGUCGGAAAAAUUAAAAAGGCUCUAGAUUUCAUCCGAAAUCAACACUUUGAGGUACCUUUCAUUUCCUUCUAUAGAAAGGAAUACGUCCUGCCUGAGUUAAAUAUUAAUGACUUAUGGAAGGUCUUCAAAUUUGACGCCAAAUGGUGCCAAUUGCGUCAGAGAAAAGCAGAUCUACUAAAACUGUUUACAAAAAUGAAAGAUUUUCAAGUGGAUGAAAUAAUGAAGAACGUGGACGCUCCUUUACCGCAUGGAUUGAGGCUAUUGAAGGAUGCUGACAUUGAACGAUUGAAAAAUGCUCAAACCAGUGAGGAAAUUAAUGACAUAUAUCGUCAUUUUAAGUUGUAUUAUACUCACGAUAUUCAAGCUAUGCAAGAAGCUGUGCGGCUUAAAGAACGCGAGGCUCGGAAAAAAGAAAGACUCGAAAAAAGAAAACAGUUGAUUGCCGAAGCUGAAGAAAAUGGGGAAGAUCCACCUCCCGAAGUUCUUGAAUAUGAAGAAAAUCAAGAACCUGACGAUAUAGUAAAGAAACCAGUUAGGAAUGAUCCUUAUUCUAUAUGUCGAAAGGCUGGCUUAGAUUCUCUUGCCAAAAGAUUUGGUCUUACACCAGAGCAUUUUGCUGAAAAUCUUCGGGAUAAUUAUCAACGUCACGAAGUUGAUCAAGAACUAACGGAGCCAAUGGUGGUUGCGGCUGAAUACUGCGGACAGAGAUUUUUAGUGCCGGAAGAAGUUCUGAAAGCUGGGCAACUAAUGGUUGCAAUUCAGUUGGCUCGAGAGCCUCUGGUUAGAAAAACUGUUCGGGAUAUGUACAUGGAAAGAGCUAAAUUAUCCAUCCGUCCAACAAAGAAAGGAUUGAAGGAGAUUGAUGAAAAUCAUCCUGUUUACAGCAUGAAGUAUUUAAAGGACAAACCGGUGAGAGACUUAGUCGGUGAUCAAUUUUUAAAACUUAUUAUCGCCGAACAGGAUAAGUUAAUCACGAUGAGUCUUAGUGACUCUAUCGAAGGAAAUACUACUAAUAAUUACAUAGACGAAGUGAAGCAGCUGUACUACAGGGACGAAUUCAGUAAAACGGUUCAAGACUGGAAUGAACUGAGAGUUGGCAGCGUCGAAAUGGCGUUGACGAAAAUGGUGAUACCAGACUUAAAGAAGGAAUUGAAAACAACCCUGAUCGCAGAGGCAAAAGAAUGCGUGAUGCGCUUUUGCUGUCGGAAGAUGUACAACUGGCUAAAAAUUGCUCCUUAUUCUACCGAGUUUCCAGACGAAGAGGAUGAAGAAUGGGACACAAGUAAGGGAUUGCGUGUGAUGGGCUUAGCCUACUUACCCGACGAGUCACAGGCUCCCUUUGCUUGUAUAGUGUCACCCGACGGAGAGUGCACGGAUUUCUUGAAAUUGCCGCAUAUACUUAAACGCAAAAAUAGCUUCAGAGAAAGUGAGAAGGUAAUGAAGGAGGCAGACCUUCUAGCAAUCCGAAACUUUAUAGCAACGAAAAAGCCACACCUCAUCGUAAUUGGUGGAGAGACUCGAGACUCUACAAUGAUACAAACAGACAUUCGAGAAAUAGUAUCAUCUCUCAUCGAUGAGGAACAAUUUCCCAAUAUUCCGAUAGAAAUCUGCGACAAUGAACUUGCGAAAAUUUAUGCCAACAGCAACAAAGGCACCUCGGAAUUUCGCGAUUAUUCUCUUCAGCUACGACAAGCUAUAUCACUGGCGCGAAGAAUGCAAGAUCCACUUCUUGAAUUUUCCCAACUCUGUACCGCCGAUAACGAGAUUCUCUGCUUGAAAUAUCAUUCACUUCAAGAUCAACUUCCUCCAGAAGAUUUAUUAGAAAACAUCUACCUAGAAUUCGUAAAUCGAGUUAAUGAAGUCGGUGUAGAUAUAAACAAGGCAGUUCAGCAGACGUAUUUUAGUAAUGUUGUGCAGUUUGUCUGCGGUUUGGGACCAAGGAAAGGUCAAGCGUUGCUGAAGGUAUUAAAGCAAACAAGCCAGAGACUAGAAAAUAGAACCCAGCUGGUGACCAUAUGCCAUAUGGGACCCAAAGUUUUCAUCAACUGUGCUGGAUUCAUUAAAAUUGAUACCAAUAGUCUUGGAGACAGUACGGAAGCUUAUGUGGAAGUUCUAGAUGGUUCCAGAGUUCACCCUGAAACUUACGAGUGGGCAAGGAAGAUGGCUGUUGAUGCUUUAGAGUAUGAUGACGAGGAUGCGAAUCCUGCUGGUGCCUUAGAAGAAAUUCUUGAAGCGCCAGAGAGACUAAAAGAUCUUGAUCUAGAUGCCUUCGCUGAAGAGCUUGACAGACAAGGUUUUGGUAACAAGAGCAUUACGCUCUAUGAUAUAAGAGCAGAACUGAACUCCCGGUACAAGGACUUAAGAGUGGCAUAUCAGUCUCCUAACUCUGAAAAACUUUUCGACAUGCUAACCAAAGAAACCAUGGAGACAUUCCACACAGGAAAGCUUGUUCUGGCUAAAGUGGUGGGUAUAACCCAUAAAAAACCACAAGGCGAGCAGCUUGAUCAGGCCAAUCCAGUUCGAAACGACGAAACUGGACUCUGGCAGUGUCCUUUCUGUCUAAAAAAUGAUUUUCCUGAACUCUCCGAAGUUUGGAAUCAUUUUGAUGCUGGGUCUUGUCCGGGGAAAGCGACAGGUAUUAGGUUGCGUCUUGAUAAUGGAGUAUCUGGCUAUAUCCAUAUAAAGAAUUUAUCUGACAAGCAUGUCGUCAAUCCCAAAGAGAGAGUGUCAAUUAAUCAACCAAUCCAUUGUCGCAUUACCAAAAUUGAAGUUGAAAAAUUUGCUGUCGAGUGCACGAGUAAAAGCAGCGAUCUCGCGGACAAAAAUCACGAAUUUAGACCGCAGAAAGACCCUUUUUAUGAUACUCAGGCAGAAGAAAAAGACAUAAUGCUAGAGAAAGAAGUAAAGAAAUCUAAGCAGUUACAAACUUAUGUAAAGCGAGUCAUUGUGCAUCCUUCAUUCCAUAAUAUAGGAUUCCAAGAUGCAGAAAAAUUGAUGAAAGACAUGAAACAAGGAGACGCUAUUGUGCGCCCAAGUAGCAAAGGUUCUGAUCAUCUUACUGUAACUUGGAAAGUUACUGAAAAUGUCCAUCAGCACAUUGACGUUAAAGAAGAGGGAAAAGCCAACGAUUUCUCUCUGGGAUCCCGAUUGUGGAUUGGCAAUGAAGAAUUCGAAGACCUAGACGAAAUUAUUGCUAGACACGUGAAUCCCAUGGCGGCCUACGUUUCAGAAAUCUUGGACUUUAAAUAUUACAAGCCUGAUGUUAUGGGAAUGAAUGACAAGGCUGAAGAAAUAAUCAAGAUUCAAAAAAAAGCGAAUCCCGGCGGAAUUCCAUACAUUCUAUCGGCAUAUAAAAAUAUUCCUGGAAAAUUUGUAUUAUCAUAUUUGCCGCAUCGUAAGUGUCGUCAUGAGUUCGUUUCUGUUACUCCCGAAGGAUUUAAAUUUAGAACCCAAAUUUUUGGCAGCCUAUCGUCCGAUAUGAUUCCAUGGUUUAAGAAACACUUCCAAGAUCCAAUUCCUGGUCAGUCCACUCCUAGCACUCCACGAGGAAUGGUGUCUACCAGAACUCCUUAUUUGGCUACACCUGGAACUAUGAACGGCAUGACUCAAGAAGCGAUACAAAGAGUAGCCCAAAGUAUGCCGCAUCAUAUGCUGAAUUCUUUAUCUCAGGUAGCGAAUCAAAAACUUUAUCAGCCCCAGACACCAGGUACUACCUACGGAGGCAUGAGCGCAUACGCAAACACACCUUAUACUCCAUCUGGUCAAACUCCUUUCCAAAUGAUGACGCCCUACCAAACCGCUCAGACACCAUUCUUGCAUCCAGCUCAAUCAAUGCAGGCAAUGCCUCAAAAUAGUCCCAAUUUCAGUAGACCUCCACCGAUCAUAAAUCCUCCUAUUGAUAACACUAACUGGACCAAACCGCCGACACCUUGGACUCGAUCAGGGAUCUCUGUUAAUACUCCCAAGUACGACGAAGGGCGCAAAGCUCCCCGUCGAUACGAUAACGGAAACAAGAUUCGUCACUUUGAUAAGGCAGAUGACAAUCCUUUCACUGUAGGGUCGUCACGCGAUAAUUCUCCGAGUAGACAGUUCAAUGCAGGUGACGAGAAUCCAUUCAGAGUUGGUUCUUCCAGGGAUAAUUCCCCAAGCAGGAGCAUGGAUGAUAAUCCUUUCAUAGUAGGAUCUUCGCGUGAAAGCACGCCAAAUGCUUAUUCGUCAGGUCCACAACGAGGAGUAUUUCGAGGAAAUCGAAGAAAAUCACCUCGGGAUUCUUUCUCUGGAGGAUUUCGUGGUAAAUCGCCUCGAGAUUCUUUCUCUGGAGGAGCUCGCGGCAGAAAUCCCCGAGCAUCCUUCGAAAACAGAAAGCCAAGGCAGAGCUUCGAUGAUAAUAAUCGCUUUAGUGCCGGUUCAUCCCGCGAGAAUUCACCGAGGAGUUUCGAUAAAAUGGACGACAAUCCUUUUACAAGAGGAUCUUUACGGGAUGUUUCUCCAAGUAGGAUGUCGAGUAAAGCGGAUAAUAAUCCGUUCACCGUGAGCUCUUCGCGUGAUAAUUCUCCAAGCAAGAGUUGCAACAAAGGGGAUGACAAUCCGUUUGUUGUAGGUUCCUCUAGAGAUAAUUCACCAAGCAGAAACAUUGAAGAGAAUCCCUUUACAGUGGGAUCUUACCGGGAAACUACUCCGAAACCAUAUUCAUCACGAAUAUCUUUCAGAGGACGAGCAUCAUUUAGAGGUCAAUCCCCAAGGGAGAACUUCUCGGGUCAGCCUCGAGGUCGAUUUAAUACCUUUAACAGAGUUCGUGGGAGAGGAAGAGGGAAGUUUACAUCGAGUUCUCCGACAGAUGGAGAUUCCCGAUAUAAUGAUCUGUCUCCCCGUAACGAUCCACCGGACAUGGAUGACAAUCCAUUCACCGUAGGUUCAUCGCGUGAUAAGUCACGUGGUGAUGGAUCUACAGAGAGCAAUGCCUUUAGCAAGGGACCUUCGACGUACUUUUCUAGAGGAGAAGGAGGCAACUUUAGCAGAGGAGGAAGAGGCAGAGGGAGAGGUUCAAAUUUUAUUCCGGGCAGAGGAGGAAAGUUUGAUGCAGGUUCUGCUCGGUUAGACGUAUCCGCUCCUCCUGACGAUGACAAUCCCUUCACUGUUGGUUCUUCAAAGGAUCGAAAUCGAUACAAUGAUGAAUCUAUGGACACAGAAAGAAGUUUCUCAAAGAACUCUUCGUUAAAAUCACCUCGUGAUAUGGAAAUCAGCGGAGAUCAAACCCCGCUAUAUGAUGAAAGUUAACCAUUUAAGCGUUUUUCUGUUUUUCCAUAUAGUGGUUAAUUUAAUUUUUUUAAUUUAAUUUUGAAUUUAGGGAACCGAUUAGUAGCUACUUAAACUUAUCCAAUAUUGGACUCACGUUGUAUUGAGAUGUAAAUAUUGAAGACCUUAUAAAUAAUAAUAAUGAUAAUUUGUUUCUCGUCCAGAAUCGUAAGUUGCUUGGCACUUUUCUACGUUUGAGAAUCAUACUUCUUGUGUAAUAUUCUUGACAGAGAACGUAUACAAUUGUAUAUUAUAAUUUUAUCCCUUGCAUUGCGAAAAAAAGCUAAAAUCGUUUUUAAACUGACGAAAGAUACGCAGAAGACCAUUUUUAGCUCGACUUUGUCAUUUACUAAUUUGUUUUCUACAUUAUACAACGAAUAGUUGCUUGAAAGUUUCGUAAAAAUCUUCGUCCAGUUUCAUUUAUUUGAAAGUCGACGCGUCAUUUAUUUAUCGGUAAAAGACUCAUUUCUCUCUAAAAGAUUAUCGCGUUUUGUUUUUUUAACAUAAGUAAAAACGUUACAUUUCUUACGCAUUUUUAUAAUUAUUAAACGCUGAUGUAUUCGAUAUGCAUAACAACCUGUAUUACAUACUUCAUGACUUGAUUUGGAAAAUAAAGAGUUUAAACUUUUCAAUGUAACUGAAAAGUUAAAAAAGUUGAGCUCG